UCUCGAGGGGGCGGGGUCGAGUGGUGGCGUCAUUCCGGAGGAGCUGAAGAUGGCUCCUCACUGGGCUCCUCUGGCACACAGAUGCGUCAGUUUCCAGCUGCUGGACCGCAAGUUCAUGUUGUGAGCAGGAGAAAAGGAGGAAGACCAAAAGCGUAGCGGCUCUGAGGGGUGCAGCUCUCCGCCCGUUGCUUGCCGUUAAGCAGCCUGACCAGUCCGUCUGCCAUGGGUUCGGCCACGGAUGAAGAAUUUAAAGAGAAAUUGCUGUGGAAUGUGAAGCGGGAGGUGAAGCGGAUCAUGGAGGAGGCGGUCACCAAGAAGUUUGUGCACGAGGACAGCAGUCACGUGAUAGCUCUGUGUGGCACGGUGGAGGCGUGUCUCGGCCACCAGCUGAAACGCCGCGCUGCUGGCUUCCUGCGCAGCGACAAGAUCGCCGCUCUAUUCACCAAGGUGGGCAAGGCGCAUGCCACCGCUGCGGAUGUGUGCCGGAAGGUGCAGGAGCAGCUGCAGCAGCAGGCUGAGGCCACCAGGAGAGUCCAGAGUGCGGGACCUGAACCCUUGAGGAGGCAGGGCUCGUCUGCAGGCCGCGCCCCCCAGCCUCUUUCCGCCCAGGCUGUCAAGCAUAUCUGGGUGCGAACAGCGCUCUUCGAGAAGGUUCUAGACAAAGUGGUCCAGUACAUUGUGGACAAUUCUAGUAAGUACUAUGAGAGAGAAGCCCUGAUGCAUGACCCCGUCUACGGACCCAUUCUGGCAGCACUUUUGGUCGGCCCUUGUGCCCUGGAGUACACCAAGCUGAAGACGUCUGACCACUUCUGGACCGACCCCUCCGCCAACGAGCUGGUCCAGCGGCACCGGAUCCACGGAGCCCAUCGUGGCCAGGAGUGCUGCCAUGGCCGGCGUCCUGCCCUCGGGAUCCGCAAGCGCCAGUCCAGCGGGAGCAUGUCCGAGGAUCGCUUUGCGGCAUCCGCGCGAGAAUACGUGGAGUCCCUGCACCAGAACUCACGGACGCAUCUGCUCUAUGGCAAGAACAACGUGUUGGUGCAGCCGAAGAAGGACAUGGAGGUACUGAGGGGCUACCUAUCCCUCCACCAGACUGCAGACACCCUCAGCUUGAAGUGGACUCCAAACCAGCUGAUUAAUGGCACUCUGGGAGACUGUGACCUGGAGAAGAGCAUUUACUGGGACUACGCUCUCACUGUGCCUUUGAGACAGAUCGUCUGCAUCCACUGUCACCAGCGGCGCGAGCGUGACGUGGGCAUUCGGGGUGCUAAACUGUGUUUUCUUAUUGCCCGAGCAGUCACUAUAAACUACCACCACACGACAGGCAGCCGCGCCCCCUCGCUGGACGACGAUGAGGAGGAAGAAGAUAGACUUCACACAAUGAUCUCAAUGAUCUGCUCGCGGAACCUCACAGAUCCUAGUGUCAUGAAAGACCACGGGGAGACAAUGGAAAUGCCAGGCUUAGGGGGCAGCCCGUCGUCAUGGCAGCAAGGAGAGUGCAGCAGCCACCUGUCGUCUUGCCUCUCCUGCUCCACCGGGGGCAGCAGCGCGUCUCUCGAGCUGCCCCCUGGCUGCACCUGCAUUCAUGACCGAAUCCCACUGAAGAUGCUGUGCCAGAACAUGAAGCGCCAGAUCGUGUCCCGCGCCUUCUACGGCUGGCUGGCUUACUGCCGCCACCUGUCCACAGUGCGCACUCACCUGUCAGCACUGGUCAACCACAGCAUCAUCCCACCGGACCGACCGUGCGAGGCCUCGGGGGGACUCAGCAGAGACGUGUGGAGCAAGUACCAGAAGGACUGCAAGAACUACAAGGAGCUGGAGCUGCUGAGGCUGGUUUACUACGGGGGGGUCGAGCACGAAAUCCGCAAGGAGGUCUGGCCCUUCCUGCUGGGCCACUACAAGUUCGGCAUGGGAAAAAAAGACAUGAGCCGGAUCGACGAGAAGAUCGCUGCGCGGUACCAGCAGGUGAUGCGCGAGUGGAAGGCCUGCGAGGUGAUCGUCAGGCAGCGCGAGAAGGAGACGCAGUCCGCCAUUUUCGCCAAGCUUUCCUCGGGCAGCAGCAUCGACAGCCACGUCCUGCGGCUCAUCCACCGGGACUCCACCAUCAGCAAUGAGGUGUUUAUGUCUGUUGACGAGCCGGAUGCCGCCGGCCAGGACACCCCCAGCGGGAGCGACUCCACCCCACCCCACACUGCCGCCGUGCCUCCUGCUGCCCUGGUGGAGUUCGACUCUCCAGACUCGGGACUCCCUUCCUCACGAAACUAUUCUGUGGCUUCCGGACACUCUCAACUCAUGUCCAGCAUCGAGGACAGCCAGAGCCUCGAGGAGGAGCUUUUGGAGGAUUCGCAGCCCCGGGGCAUGCUGGGAGAUCGAGGCCAGCAGGAGGCACUGAGCGAGGAGCAGCUCUGCAGCCAGCUGGACAAGCCAUCAGCGUGCGGCGAGGGCCUCCCUGCCUCCCUGUCCUCCUACACGAUCGAACUGCUGGACACGGUGGCGCUGAACCUGCAUCGGAUAGACAAGGACGUCCAGCGCUGUGACCGAAACUACUACUACUUCACCCCUGCCAACCUGGAGAAGCUGCGCAACAUCAUGUGCAGCUACGUGUGGGAGCACCUGGAGGUCGGCUACGUCCAGGGAAUGUGUGACCUCCUGGCCCCCCUGAUGGUCAUCCUGGACGACGAGUGCCUGGCAUACAGCUGCUUCACACAGCUGAUGAAGAGAAUGGGGCAGAACUUCCCCAACGGCGGCGCCAUGGACACUCACUUUGCAAACAUGAGGUCCUUGAUCCAGAUCCUCGACUCGGAGCUGUUUGAGUUGAUGCACCAAAAUGGCGACUACACCCACUUCUACUUUUGCUACCGUUGGUUUCUGCUGGACUUCAAAAGAGAGCUGCUGUACGAGGAUGUGUUCGCCGUGUGGGAGGUGAUCUGGUCAGCCCAGCACAUUUCCUCGCAGCACUUUGUCCUAUUCAUCGCCUUGGCUCUGGUGGAACUCUAUCGAGAGAUUAUCCGGGACAACAACAUGGACUUCACGGACAUCAUCAAGUUCUUCAAUGAGAUGGCUGAGCGUCACGAUGUCCAGCAGAUUCUGCGUAUCGCCAGAGAGCUGGUGUAUAAAGUCCAGUCUCUUAUUGAGAACAAGUGAGGCGGGAGCGCGGGCCCCUGGGGCUGGGGGGGCGGCUUCUCACUCUGGGGAACCCCAGCCCACCUCCACCUCCACCCACGCCUGCCCUGCUGCCCAGGCAGGGAGGUAAGAUGCAAACGAGCACAGCCCACGUUUCGACGACGUCUGAGGGCAGCCGCCUGGCCCAGGAGGCCUGUGUUGCCUUUAGAGAAUCUCUUUAAGAUUAUUUUUAAAGUAAUUUGCCUGUCACAGAAUGAGUUGUGUAAAACCUUUGGAGUUGUCUGCAUGCCUGUGAGUUUGACGACACUGUGACACAAGUUAAAUGCUCUUAAAAACGACAUAUUUAUGAGAUCGUUUUAGAUCAUUACCGUUUACAGUAAUGACUCUCUCCAGAGGAGCUUAUAAAUAAUAGAUCGAUACGGUUGGUUUUGGGGAAGACAAGGAAAAUCCAUGCCGCACUGAAUACCAGAGUGUAAUGGGGUAAAGACAGAGCCAGUUUGCAGUGGGUUCCCCACCAGCCGGCUAGCUUUUCAGAGACUGUCGCAGCAGCACCAGAACUUACCAUGGUGAGUGAGGAUUUCAUCGAUCUACAGGAGUUAGCCUGCAACACAGCCCUUUUUAGCUGCCGCCUGUUUGAUUUCCCGUACCCUGUGCAGUUCAGUCUCACCUGGCCAUUUCUGUUCGGAUGGCACCCCCUACUGGAGAUCCCCUUUGCCCUCGCUUCAGAUUCCACCUGAUAAAAAAGAACUUGUUUUGUGACCAAAAGGACUGUGGCAGCCUCCACGUGCUUGUGAUCCAUGCGGCACGUUUCAGUCUUCUGCUCAAGGCCCGCAGUGUUGGGCUCUUCCUCCUUUCUGGAUGCUUCAGUUUAGCAGCUGACCCUGUAGAGUGACUGAAAGCUAACUGCUAAAGUAGUCCACGCCUUCACCAGAACAUUCCAAGUUUUAUUAUCCUUGUUUUUAUUUUAAAACCACUUCUCGCACUUUGGACCAACCUGUGCCGGUGAACCCCUGCCCUACCCCCCCACCCCCCCGAGAGGUUCGCUGUGCCAGGUGGGCAUGAUGGGACUUCCAGAAAGACGGUCCAGUUCCUGGACACGGUCUGUCACUUUCCUGCUUGCAGGGGGGGAGGGGGGGGUCAAACCAGCCCUCUAGCUGCUUUCAAAUACCGAACGUGGUGUAGAAAGCAGAAUUGCAAACCCCCCCAUUCCCCCUUGAAGAGCUGAAGCCCUUGGUCCAUGUACCAAAGCCCCCCGUCUGCAAAAGGAGUAAGGCGAACCGGUGCAGCGUUUCGGCCGAUAACGACUGUUUGUUGGGCUACUCUAUUCCAUAGCCUCUAUGAAUACUGUGCUAAAUGUUAUUUAAUCUCUACAACUGCUACACGCAGCAAAUGCCUGAGAUUUUUAAAAGAGAGAAUGAUUUUUGUAAAAUGUUACUGGUUUGGGAACGCAGCCAGGUCCCGUACCCUACAGAUCUAUAAGCUUUAGCGUGGCAAGUGUUUACUUUGACUGUUAUGUGUUCAUUAUUGUUGUGCACUGAAUUUUACCCAUUUCAAAAAUUUUAUUUUAAGAAACCAACUUUGAAUGACCAGGUAUGUAUUGUAAAGGAAACAGUUUACCUUGAAUGUAAUAUUUAAAAAGGAUGUCUUAUUAAAAAUAACAUUGGCAAA